AGACUGAGUGCUUUGUGUGCAUAAGUGGAGGGAGAAGAACGUUAGCGGGCGCAGGCUCGAAGGCCGCAUGACAUCGGAAGCAAUGCUGCGAGUCGCGAGAUUUUCUCCGCGAUAGGAGGCCUUCUGCGGAUGCGUACAGUGACGUGGCAGUCUACUAUUGGAUAUCGUAUCAUUUGCGCAUGCGCAGCAGACUUCUUGCCGCGGAUAAAAUCUCGCGAACUCGCAGCACUGAUCGGAAGAACGGGCGAUGGUAACGAAUGCUCCGUAGCAUAUCUGACAAAAAAAGAAGGAAGAAAGAAAGAGGAAAAUGAGCAGAGAAAGGAAAGAGAAGGAAGAGAAAGUGGAGAAAGGGAGACGUAGAGGAAGAAAUGGGGAAGAGGAGGAAAGCAAUGAAAAUUUACAGGAUGUGAAAAUAAAAAUAGAAAAUAUAAAAGAAGAGAAAAAUAUUGAGGAGGAGGAGGAGGAGGAAGAGAAGGAGGAGGAGGAGAGAAAAGAAAAAAAGAAAACAAAAAAAAGAUUUAAGAAGGAAAGAAAUCAAAUAUGUUACUCUUCGCAGACAGAAGCGGAAAAAAGAAGAGGACGAUGGGAAACAGGAGAAUGGCGAGGAAACGGAAGAGGAGGAUGGAAGGGAGGAUGGAGAGGAAGAGGAGGCGGACAAGGAAGAGGAGGAUGGUAUGGAGUAUGGAGGAGUAUGGAGGAGUAUGGAGGAUGGAGAGGGAGAGGAUGGGAAUAA